CAUAUAAAACAACUUUUUAACACUUUAGAAGUCCCAAAAUGCAAACUGGCAGUCUCAAUCCAAAACAAGCUUCAAAAUCAUUGAACAAGUGAUUUCCCCCAAUUAAAAGAUAAAAAUGCGAUCAUCGUCAACAAAGCAGGUUGCAGAGAACAAUCGAGGUUUAAACGGCCGCUUCUUCACUCUCCGUAGCCGCCUCUAUAACGCCUUAGCUCUCGGUCUCAGAAAUGAGGAGGGAGGACGGAGAUGGUCAUGUACCGAUGUCGAGACACAAAGACAUGUUGUUCGUACCAUUGAUGCGUUUCUUGAGUGUAUAUCCAGUGACAUGUCACUACACCCUUUAGUAAAGGACUCAGUUGCUGAUAUUGUACCAGCAUUGGGAACAACACUACUUCAGAAAAACGAAGCGGUGAUGAAAUUAGCUUCAAAAGUGUUUGUAAAACUUGUGAAUGUUAUACCAUAUUCUGUUACCGAAUCUCUGCUGUCGGAUAUAGUCCACCCCUUAUCAUCUUCUCUAUCUUCCUGUCACGUACCAGUCGUAACAUUAUGCGCCACUGCAUUGAACGCGAUCCUAUCAUGUCUAAGUUCCAAAAAAGAUAGAGACGUAUGGAAAGUUCUAGAAGAAACAGAGACGAUUAGUUAUAUCAUCCAACAAAUACAGUGUGGCGGGAGUAAACCACCCGAAUUCUUCGUUGAAACAAUCUCGCUUUUGAGUAAUAUACUUCAGCGUUGGCCGUCUUCUAGGUUUUGUGUUUGGAAUAAUAAUGGAUUAAUGGAAGUAUUAAGUUCUCUUAGUCUUGAGCCGAUGCUUUCCGUGAGGGCUGCGGUUUUGCAACUGUAUUCGGCCAUAGCUUUAUGUAGAAAUGGAGCUAAGAAGCUUCUAGAAAUUGGAAACGCUCCUUUACAAAUGAUGAUGGAAUCCAUGGAUGACGUAAACCAUAAUUACCUACAGCUUGCUGGAUUUACACUUGCUGAAAGCUUCGUGGUAAGUGAAGAAGGAAGACUAAAAAUGAUUGAAUCGUACGUUGAGCCGUUAGCGAAGUCCGUCAUUAGUGGACUAAGCAACUGGAGUAUGCAUACAGGGAAGCUUAUGAAGGAACAAAUGUCAUUAAUCAAGGGUGCUUGUUGUGUAUGCAAGAUCGUUUGUUGGCCCGGGAAGCAUCAUAAUUACUUCUGGAAACUCGGAAUCGAGAGUGUUCUUCUUAAGUUACUUCUAGAUGAUUUUCAUAUCAAGCAAAUAUCCGAGCAUUUUUCUUCGUUAGACGAAGUGGAAGCCCUUGCACGCGAUGGUUUAAGUGCUAAUUUUCUACCUGCGAUUAAACCGCACGUGUGGGAUAUUCUUGGUGGGCUUGCCACACAUUGUGCUGAAGAUUUUACUGCGCAAAUGGUUAAAAGUGAACUCUACCUUAAGAUUCUCAUCACAUGUGUGUGCUUAGGAUUUGCGGCUUCAUUGCGUUCGGCACGUCAGCGUUGCCCAAAUGUCGAAAACGAGCUAGCGUCGAGAGCGGUUUUAUUAAUGAUUUACUCUCCUUCAAAGUACAUUUCAUCACAAACAAAAUCAACAUUGUUGGGAAUUUUAAAGCCACUCGCCAAGGAGGAUAUUAAGUACCUAUUAAAUACCCUUAACGCCACGUCAUCAGGUAUUACCGGUACAAUGUCCGAUAAUCUUCAAGCGAUUCACCUAAUAAGCUUGGCUUGUUAUUCGGGUCUACCUCAAUAUCGUAGGUAUGUUAUGAAGAAUCAAGGAGUAUACAUACUAUUAUCGUUGAUACAAACGUUAUCACGAAACCAUGUUCAUGAAGAACGGAUGUUACGGAUGAACACGUCAUUUCAUUAUUGUGGUCAUAACAUGAAGAUGUGUUGCUACGAGUUUGAAGACGAUUGGGUAGGUGAUGAAAUGUUUCUCGUUUUCGGUUUGUUAGGGCUAGCGGAAUUGGUACACCAUUCGGGUUCACUCAAAGAUCAUGUUUGGUCGAAGUCAACCGAGGGUCAACUAAUAUCGCAAGUGCGGGAAAUUUGCGUCAACUCCUUCGCUUCCGGACCAAAAUGGUACUGUGUGUAUCUUCUUAGCUAUUUUGGCAUUUACGGGUUUCCGUCGAAACUCGGUAAUACUAUCGGGAACGCUCUUAGCGGUGAUGAAAGUACGAAUUUGACGCUCGUUCUUGCUAACCAAGAACAUGUGAAUGUUCAUGGUAUCAUCCUGAGCGUUCGUUGUCCAUCACUCUUACCGUCCGAAGGGUAUACUUCUAGAAGAAAAGAAAUUCGGCUCUCGGCUCACGUGAAUCACCAGGCAUUGUUGAAAUUACUGGAAUACGUGUACUCGGGACAUCUAACAGCAACCGACGACCUUGUGAAGAGACUAAAAACAUUGGCUAAACAUUGUAACUUGCAGCCUUUAUUGCAAACGCUUUGUAGAAAUCGUCCCAAAUGGAGAACUCCUUUUCCGACUUUUGAUCUUACUUCAGCUCUUGGACCGAACGGUUUUUGUUUCUCGGACAUUGUUCUUGAAGCAAAGGGUAACGCAUUUGAGAAUUGGAAGUGCGAAUCAUGUGCUUUAUCACAACCGCAUUUACAUGCUCAUAAGGCCAUUUUAUGUGCAAGUUCUGACCACAUGCGCGCUUUGCUUUGUUCUGGAAUGCAAGAAAGCCAGUCAGAAACUAUAAAGAUCGAUCUUGGUUGGAACGCGCUAGUUCGACUAGUAAACUGGCUUUAUUCUGGUAAACUCGUGCCAAAACCCAAAUACGGUUGUUUAUGGAACAAUCUAGACGAACAAGGGAAGUUAGAACAAGUGAUCCCAUAUGUGGAGCUUUACUGUUUAUCAGACAGUUGGCUUCUAGAAGACCUUCACAAAGAAUGCUCAAAAGUAAUCGUAAAUUGCUUAGAUUCAGUUAACAUGGCAGUUAAACUGAUUCAGAUCGGCGCUGAUUGUUGCCAGUGGGAUUUGGUUGAGUUGGCUGCUAAGUUUACGGCACCGUCUUAUCAUCAUCUUCGGAACUCUGGGAAGCUUCUAGAACUUGAUGAACAGCUUGUGGAUAUCGUACGCGCUGCAUCUGUUGCUAGACUCUCUCAAUGAGGCCAUCAUAUGUUGAGUUUAUAAAUUAUAGAGAAAGGUUAUAUAUAUGGAUAUAGGGAAAUUGAUCUGUAAUAAUCCCACCUAGACCUUAUUGGCCAUUAAUAAUCCUACCUCAGAAUAUUCCCCCCACCAGUCCCACCUUUCAUCUAUUUUUCCUACAAUGGU